AUGACUCAUUCUGUAACAGCCAGCUUUUCCAUUCCACUCAUUUUGCUUCCUUCGUUAGCUGUUUCAACUGGACAAGAGUCAAUAACCGAGACGGCAUCCACGUGGCGUAAACGUCGCGGUGGUGGCGUGACGGCCACAACUGCUCCAACAAUUCCACCAACCUCUAUACCUUCCACAUCAUAUCAACAACAAUUAUUAACUCGAUCGGUGGAAAAAAUGUUUGAAGAAGCGGAAUUGAGCGGUGUAUUGUUAUUGGCUGGUCGCAAAUUGAAAGAAUUUCCGGCUCAUCUCGCCCUUAAAUAUGAAAUAUCCGAUAUUAUUUCUGCUGAUCUCAGUGAUAAUCGUUUCAUACAUUUACCAUUAUGUAUCUGCGAGAUGUGUUCGAUGGAAACGUUAACGAUUCGUAAUACGGGUUUACGUUCAAUCCCUUCCGCUGUGCAAUUACUUCAGUCGCUUACUUACCUCGAUUUAAGUGGUAAUCAACUGAUGAACAUCCCAACCGCUCUCUUUUCCACACCUCUUGAAAUUCUCCUGCUAACGGGUAAUCGUUUGGAGUAUAUUCCACGAGAAAUUCGGCAACUUUCAAAUUCGUUGCGUGAAUUGGAUGCUAGUUGUAAUAAGCUGAAAUGUUUACCAGCUGAUAUUGCUUUACUAAAAUCGCUACGAGUGCUCAAUGUGCGAGAUAAUCAGCUUACUCAUUUGCCUACAGAAUUUUCACGGUUAGAACUAAGAAUAUUGGACAUAUCGCAAAAUAAACUUAGUGAAUUACCGUUUGAUUUACGGUAUAUGUGUACAUUGGUGGAUUUUCGUAUCGAUGUCAAUCCUCUCGUAGCACCACCUGCUAAACUUUGCUCAAAGGGGCGUGAACAUGCAUUUAAAUGGUUGCGAUCACAUGCUGGGCGAACGGUUGAUGGUACAACAAAAACAUACGAUCAUACAUUCAAAAGACCAACCACUAUAAAUGCAACAUUAAGAAGAGGACAAAACAUAGAAAGUAUCGGCGAUGGACGACGUUUUGAAAGGCGAUCACGUAAUACUCGUUUUAAUACCGUUGGUGGUAGUGAUUCCGGUUAUGCAUCAACUGCUGAUGAGAAUCGUUAUUCCCGUGAGUUUCAACCACAAGUUGGCUGUUUAUUCAAUAUUGAUGAAACUAAUCAAUUACAUCAUCAUCACCAUCAUUAUCAUCAACAACAGCAACAACAACAAGGGCAACAACAACAGGGGCAACAACAACAAGGGCAACAACAACAAGGGCAA